AUGAAACGCGCCGGCUGGCUCUUUCGGGGGAAGGAGCAUGAACGGGUGCCGGUGAGCGUCCCUUGCCCCGUGCGGCCUCCCGGUCGUCGAAAAUCGAGCAGCCGGCGUCUGUUCGGCGUCCGCUGCCACCUGCACCGCUUCUACGCCGACUGCCCCGAGGGAUCGCACGGGGGGCGCUCAGGCUGCGGCUCCGGCUGCGGCUCCGGUUCCCACUACGGCGGCGGCGCCGCGUCUCGGCGCCGCGCGGCCAGGCGUGCGGCCCGGGUCGCCUGGUCCGCCUCCCUGUGGGUCGGCUCCUUCCUCUUCCUGUUCGGGGUCGUGGCUCUGGGCCUGGGCUACGCCGCCCCGGCCAACCUGGUGAGGAGGCCGCACCCGUGGCGGCUCGCGGGUCUCUGCAUGUUCUGCAGCGGAGGCUCUCUCCUGGCCGCCGCCCUGAUGUUGGCGGCGCUAUGUCCUCGCUGGCAGGACGACGAACCGUACGCUCCCGUCGUGGGUGAAUCCAGGGAGGCCCAGGAAGACGAAGAGGACGACCUCAGGGUUCCCGUCACCGAGAAGAUCACCGCCGUGCAGCCCCUCAGGGACUGAGAAGACCACCGAGCUUGGACUCGUUCGUUUGGACCACGGCCACUCGUUUGUUGUGCGCGAUGAGGUCCUCCUGUGUGGGGAUCUUGUGUGAGCGCGUGAACCCGAGUCGGUCACGUGGUUUACGCGUCAUGCAGUGGUCUCGCCGAGUCAUCCGGCUAAGAUAUACUAAAUCUGUUCGGCAAAGCAACGAAGCGACGGGAUCGUGGAGCGAGAAAACUAAACACGACACUUGUUUUGAUUGUCGGAUGCUUUGAAGUAUGUCAUCACGUGUGUCGUGUUUAGUUUUCUCUCUGUCUAGUCAUGUCCCUUCGUUGUUAUGGGAGACAGCUUUAGUACGUCAUCAUUGUGACGUCAUCUCGCUACCGUUGACGGCCGAAAUCAGGAGGGAGAAAGCUACAUCGAGCUUACAGAUACAAGUAUAUAUAUAUAGAGAGAGAAAGUUGCCCGCACGUUACGCGCCGCAAGCGAAAUGAAAUUCUGCUAUGUAAGGGCGUAGCGUUGAUGACUCGCUAUAGACUUGCGUGGCACAGUGUUGUUACCUUGUUUGUGAUCUGAGGACAGAAACGGGUGAUCGUAGGACAUUGGUGAAAACACCUGGUCUGCGCAACGUAAUGCCACUCGAGCACCAUUGUUCGCCAUAGCUUUGUGUAUAAGCGAUGCGCGUUUUUUUCAGCGGAACUGAACGAAAGUAGCGGUAAAGGUCAGUCUGUUUUAGGAGUGUGAAUCAAUAGGCGAGUAUCGCGCGUAAUGUUGCUGUUUUCGUUGCAGUUGUAUGUCCGUAACGUAUGCUAGGAUUAUUGACUGUAGGAGGACAAGACACCGACUGACAGUGUCUUGUCCAAGACAAUGACUGUAGGAGGUCAAGACAGAGGACAAGACACUGCAAAGUGAAUGCGAUACUAUGGAAAAAUAUCGCAGGAUAGUUUAUAAAAUGGACGAUGAAUUUUGGUCAAGAAAAGAAAGCAAAAUAUUGACGUAUACUUAUGGGCUUUCACCGAAAAAUAGGUGCUAUAACAAGAUGCCCCGGAAAAAAAGUGCGAGGUGUUCGGUAGCUAUGUAAAUGCCGUGAAAAGCGGUGAAUGACUGAGUAAAGUGAAGUUAGCGGUGUCUGGGUACGCAUGUGGGAUUCUGUAAGAGUUAAAAAAGAAAGUCGUUGGUUGGUAGAAUGUACACAGCAUUAAAACCGCGGCCAGAAAAUCCCGCGGUCUUAUCAUUGGCUAGUUCAGCAUGUGAUGUAGUCAUAGUUUGUCAUUAACCACGCUACCCAGACAAACAUCGCUAAACUUUGCGAUGUCAAGCUGAACUUGUGUGGCGAUUCCGGAAGUGGCGCCACCUCGUUAUUUUCCAACGUCACAGCGCCAGACGAUGUAGGGACAAAAAGAAUGCAAGAACAAAGAUACGAAUAUUGAAAAAGGCCUGCUUGCAAGCCACUAUUUUCAUCAAAUUUACGCAUUAAUUGCUGGUGGCCGGCUGACAGUUCGAGAGUGGCUUACUCGUUCGGCUGCGCGUGCGUCGCUGCCUGUCGUGCUGAAUUUCGUGGAGUGUUCGGCAUGUCUACGAAGCGGUGACUCCGUUUGACAACAGAAGCGGGAAGGUACACUCUUCGUGAAAUGCGACAGCGUCAACCAUGGGCCGGAAAACGUAACAUGGCCUCCUAUAAAUCAUCUUUACCCUUUAUUGCGUAACAGUUGGCUGACUACUGAUGCACGCUGCAAUGAAUAGGGUUACGUGUCCCACUGCGUGUUUGAUGGUUCCUAUACAUUCUGCACUUGAAACAAUCGUUUGACUAAGCAUCGCUGUUGCCUUUCAGCAAGUUAGACGACUAACGCUUUAAGCGCACCUCUUGAACCUUUCCUGACGAAGACGACGCGGCGUAGACCUUAUUUAGAACAGAGCCCGUGACGUCACUUGCAGAGAGAUCCAUCGUUUCGUUCUCACAGUGGCAAUGGGCGAACCCGUGACUAGAAUAGUAUAGAAAUAUGUAGCUAGUGUGUUUCUGCUGACGUACACUUCGCUGUAUUCAUGAUUUCAGAGGAAAAGAGGAACAGACGAAAGAAAUGAGGAAGGUAUGUUGUUUAACCCGGGCAAUGUCAUUCCGGCCAACGUGAAGUUGCACCAUGUUGGCGCUUUGCGCCAAUCACAGAGGCCUUAGCAGGCCUCUUAGGCAAUCAGAGCUGACAAGAUGGCGGAGGCAGCAGUAUGGCGGAACUGAUGAUAAUGUCCGAGAAAGCACCGCAGAGCAAAACAGUCAGAUGUACGUGGACUAUGUGCGCUGUAUUGGUGCCAUCUUUACUGCGAUAAGAACGAGUUAUAUAACUAGAGGAUAGCCAUAAUUCAGUGGUAUAAGUGGUUAGCGACAAAAAAAAAAAGUUGAACCAACGAACGCGUGAGAAUGCGGAGGUCACAGGUGCUGUGUUAGUCGUCGCUUGUUAGUCGAGCAACAUGAACUGGACCUGUUGGAACGGGUACACACUCAGGCCCGUUCGUGUGUCAGCUUAAUCCGCCACUUUUUCACGGUUCCACGGCGCAUGCGCCGCUCCCUUAGCGGAAAAGUCGCAUUAUGUUUUGGUAGGGUCUGCGCACACCUUCCAAUCUCAGAGGCCUUUGUUCUGGCCAUUCCGAUUGUCCCGGAUCACCCUGUAAAUGCUCCGCCCCCUACCAAAACGGCAGGGGGCGGCAAAGGAAGAUGAAAAGGGCGGAAUUCUGCCAGUCCCUGCGUGGUACCACGCCUAAUUGCGCAUCACGUUUAGGAUUAACUGUACCUUCGCAGGUCUUGCCAAUGUGAAUUGUAUAUUUUAAGGAAAAGGCAACUCGACAUGACUACGGCUAGUUUCGUGCUGCCACAAGGCAACCUAAACUUUAGCGCACGGUAUAUUGUACUUUGAGCCUUGAAUGCGCACACAGGUUACACCAAUUGGACAAAACACAGUAAGGCAUAGGCGCCGAGCUAAAGCGGGCACCAUAUUCACUGGUUUCGAGAACAUUUUGGAAGGUUUGAGCGAAAGAAAGAAGCCGGCGUGAAUAGCUAUUUAUGGGGUACCUUCACUGCAACGUUUGUGAUAAUUAACUUGUUGACACUUCCGUACGAAAGCGUAGAGUAGGGGGUCUCCUGAUCUCACGAUAUCGUCUGUGUAGGAAAGUACAUAUGUUACUUGGAGGGAAAAAAAGAAGGGGGUGGACAUGCUGUGAAGAAUAUAAAAAGCUAACGCCGUCUUGUAGUCAUACGAAGCUUGUUGCAGAAAGAAAUAUACAUCGUAGAGACAGCUCUUUUAUCGAGUGGGCCUCAGUGUUGUUCGUACAUAUAUUAGUUUAAGCAACACAACUUUUUCGAUUUCCUCCGGAGCACGUACGUGAGACAUUGCCAGAGUCAUGAUCACAGCGGGCGAAAUCUGUUGGAAAAAUCUGUCGCUCGCUGUGUAACGUAUAUUACUCUUGAUGGAUGUGUGUUCAUACAUGUAUAGAACUGGUUUAUUGUUAACGCCUGUGAUGUGACAUUUUCCAAUUGUUUACAACCUUUGUAUUUUUGUAAUUCUUUAUGAAUGUUACUCGAAACAAACAAGACAUGUAGCCUUUAAUGUAGUGUUGAAAAAAUUGUCAACAAGCAACCAAGAGGCAGAACUGUCGCUUGUAAGCUCUUAAAACUUGACGUUGUACAUUAUAUAAUAGUUCGUCCGGAAUUGACAACAGUGAUCGAGUGUGUCGCCGAUGCAGCUGGCUUGUUUGCUGUCCGUCACUGCUUGCGAUGCAUGCUAAUCCACUUUCGACCGCAGCUAAUGUACGUCGUUGGGAGUGUACGUAAAAGUGUGCAUUACGUUACUUGUCAAGCGUAAAAUUGUUACUCCUCUUGUAGCUGGCGUGCAGUGUAGUCUCGCUUGUAACGUGCAUUCGGCCAUUGCUGUAAGCUUUCGUGACAUGUUCGCCCGGCUACGGGAAAUCUUCUCAAAGUGAGCUUGUACUGACCUUAUUUAAAGCAGUGCUGACACGGAAUUUCAGACUUUCCGUGUUUUGCGUUAACUGACAUUCCAGGGCCUCAGAAUCAUGAAAAAAUACUUUCAUGGCUCAGACUGCGUUGCGUACAUUGACAUGACAGCAUUUGUACAUCCACUUUCGGUUUCGUUUCAGAAGGCGUAUUGUGACGUCAUGACGCACGGGGUCGUCACGUGGUAGCAGGAUCUUAUUACUGGAAUUCCCUCUGUCUCAUUCAACCGAUGUAUGUGCUGCUACUCGUAAAGAUCAAUGUAGCAACGUAGCAGACGAAUGAGCGAACUGAAGCGAGAGUCAAAAUGUCGCACUGUGCUGCCCCCAGGUGACCGCCUUCGGGGUGAUGACGCCAUAACCUCCGUAAACUAAACCGAAGCUUUCUGCGCUCUGAGGCUUGGCAGAAAUUUGUUAUAGUUUUCUUGUCCCGAAUCUUCAUUUAACACCGCAAAUGCAUAAAAAUAAUAAAAAGAAGACGUUAGUAUAUCCUCUUCGUACAGUUUUUAUCGGCGCAAAGUUCAAGCAACACUAACCUGUUGUCAUCUUGUGCGGCAGUCCGAUGAUCGCGCGCAGAACACUUAUUUCAGUGGCCAAUCGUUUCCUCAGUCAACUACAGAUGGAAACACAGCGCCAGAGACGCGAUAUGGUCACAGCGAGAGCAUUUUGUAAGUUUCGCUUCUCAAAGAAGUCGCGCUGUUUCCUUUUCCCACUUCCAAUCAAAACGAUGCUACGGCUAAACAGCCAAGUUCUGAACGCUUGACUAACGGCAGCCUUUGCUGCUAAUUCGACUGAAUGGUCGAACUGACGGAUCAGCCUCCCUGUCGGCCUUUCCGCGGAAAUAAAAGAAAAAAAAAAAAGAAACCACGGAUGUGUUCUUGGGAUGUGUAUUUUUCUAGAUGGCGUACACUUCCGUUCACAGAGUUUGUAUAUGUUCCUUUGGAUGAUUGCCUUAAUCGAGGUACAACUUGUGAAAUAAAUGUGGUGCUGGUUGAAAGUGUUCACCGAC